UUCUCUUUUUGAUAAUCCUAAAUCAUAUAAUUCUGAUAAAUUUACCCGAGCAACCAUGGCUUAUCUUAGAGGAUUAAUGUUUCUUAAUAUUAUUCCUCCAAUCUUAAGGCGUUAUGUGCCAUUUUUUAAGAGAAAAGAAAAAGCUCUUGUAGAAAAUGCUGAUUACAUAAUAAAAACGCUGAACAAUAUGAUUGAAAAGAGGAAUUUUGAUUUU